CUGAUCCUAGGAAAAUACAGUUCAAGUUUGGCUGUCGGUGCGAUUGGAUUGAGUGAAGAAAUUCGAUUCCGUUACGGAAGAACGAUGAAAGAAAGUCUUGCUGCUUCAUCAGAUUCCCCAAAGGAAAAGCCCAACAUGGCAGCUUCCACGAACGGGUCGGGAGAUGAUUCUCAGAGUAAAAGAAAAUAUUUUCAACGAAUCGAGUUCGAUAAGGAAGGGAACGUAGUGCUAGCGAAUUCGAAUGCAAUGUCCACCCGAUGGGACGUGCAAGAUUUCUACAAACUUCGUGACGAUUGCGUCAAAAACAAGCAACUUUUCGAGGAUCCCAAUUUCCCAGCCCAUGAUUCCUCGAUCUAUGAGACCGAACCGGCAAGGCAGGAAGGCCAACAGGAGGGAACGAUCGUUUGGAAGCGACCUACACAAAUCUGCGAGAAGCCACACUUCGCCACCGACGGAAUCUCACGAUUCGACAUCCAGCUCGGUCGGCUGAAGAAUAGCUGGCUAAUUACGGCUCUCGUCAGUCUCACCGCGCACCCGACCCUUUUCCACCGGGUCGUACCGCGGGACAACUACGAGACGAGUGGACAAGCGUAUGCCGGGAUCUAUCACUUCCGCUUCUGGCGUUACGGCCAGUGGUACGACGUGGUGAUCGAUGAUCGGCUGCCAACGAUCAACGAUAAGCUCGUCUACAUGCAUUCGACCGAGCCGUGCGAGUUCUGGAGUGCACUGUUGGAGAAGGCGUACGCCAAGCUGCUCGGUUCGUAUGAAGCACUUACGCGUGGAUUCGCGAACGAAGCAAUGGUCGACCUGACGGGCGGUAUAUCCGAGAGCUUCGGUACGAAAUCUGACACAAAGAGUCUGUUCGCGAUAAUGCAGUGUGCCGGUCGCAGUGCCUUAGUCGGUGGUUGCAUCAACGGAGGUCCGGUAGGAACGGUGACUCUCCAGGGACUUGUCGUAGGUUACUCCUACUCGGUCACCAAAGCGGUAACAGUGCAGCUAGACGGCAGCUCACAAUCGAUCGCGUUAGUACGCCUGCGUAGUCCAAUGGCGGACGGGAAAGAAUGGAAUGGCGACUGGUCGGACGAGAGUGACAAGUGGAGAAGUGUUGCCACCGAAACGAGAACCUCCCUAGGGAUUGUAAACAAUCCCGAUGGUGACACAAACGCAAAUCAGUCGCCGGACGAUGCUCAUGACGCUGGUUGGCUAGAGACUCCCAAUGAGGGCCAAUGGGUGAAAGGUGUCUCGGCCGGCGGGUCUCACGAUUUUCCCGAUAGCCACUGGACCAAUCCUCAGUACGUGAUUGAACUGCAAUCCUCGGACGGAGGCGGCACCGUGAUGGCGGACGACCCGUCAAGCGAACCGCGCCCGAAGCCGCUGCCCAAGGAGUGGUUCGAGUAUCAACAGUGUACUGGCUGCUGUGCCCACAAAAGUCGACGCGAAGCGACGGAGCGGUUCGAGCUGGAAGCGGGUACCUACAUCCUCAUACCUUCGACCAACCAGCCAAACCAAGUCGGAGAUUUUAUGUUGCGAGUAUUCUCGAAAGCUGCGAUCGUUAUGGAGGAAAAUGAUUGCGUUAGUGUGAAGUGUGUACCGGAGUCGAGCAACGAAGAAUUAUCCAAAGAGAUUAGAACGGAGGUGGAGAAAAUUUUCUACGACAAUGCAAACGAGCACAAAGAACUUGACUGGAUGCGUUUGAAGAUGGCACUUGACGAGAAGUACGCGGCUGAGAUAAAAAAGAUGUGGAACGGUUUAACGAAGGGCUACAAACUAAACGACACACAGAGCACAGUGCCGGGCUUCUCAAAAGAUGUCUGUCGUAUGAUGAUCGCCAUGCUGGAUGCGGAUGAUUCGGGCACUCUGGGAAAGGGUGAAUUUCUAGAGCUAAUCGCCAGAAUCGAACAGCUGAAGAAGGAUUUCAAUCGUUUCGACAAGGACAAGAGUGACUCGCUAGAUAGCUCCGAGCUCGGCGAGGCUUUGAAACAGUCCUCGGACAUUACCCUCAGCAAGGAGAUUUUGACGAUGCUGGUGCGACGCUAUAGCUCGAAGGGUGAUAAAAUUUGGUUUGACGAUUACAUUGCACUAGUGUUCAAAAUGCGCACCAUCAAUGACCACAUUAUUAAAUCCAAAGGUUGGAAGCCAAAUGGUGAACUGAAUCCUGAGAUGCAGAAAAUUCUUCUCAAUCUGUUCAAAAUCGAACUAACACACGAGCAGCAGCACCAGCACCAGCAUCAUCCGCAGCCGAACAAAAGCCGCGUUGCUCUCGGUUUCACGAACAUAUCCGCCACCAUCGAGGGGCUUGGUACGCGGCGCGGCGUACACGCGAAGCUAACACGAAAGCCGACCACCGAGCAUACUGAUCUGCGCAGGGAAGGAAAAUUCGCGGACCCGCUUACCGAAACCUGCUGCUGCGGCCGCAAGGGGCAGUUCGGUUGCGUCCAGCGGUGCCUUGUGACGUGCAAUAACAGUGAAGCCAUGCCAGUGCCGUCCAGUAUCAGCAAUCGCCCGCCGGCCGAUCCGGUCAAGGGACAAAAUGGAGUAGGGUUAACCAACCGGCCCACCGGUAAAACCAUGCUCCAUCAAUCGCGUACCCGCUUCCUACCCGUGGAGUUCGACCGGAAUGGGAAAGCCACCCCGAAACCGGAUCCGCUAAGGUCAGCGAACGUGCAGGAUUACUACCAACUGCGGGACGACUGCCUGCGACGUGGCGUCCUGUUUGAGGAUCCCGAGUUUCCGGCCGACGAUACGUCGCUCAACCUUUCACCAGCGGGUGGCCGUGCGGGCAAAAUCAAAUGGAUGCGUCCACGCGAGCUUCACCCCGAUGCCGUCUUCUCUUCGGAUGGAUAUUCGCGAUUCGACAUCCAACAGGGUUUGCUGGGCGAUUGUUGGUUACUGGCGGCCGCCGCUAACCUCACCGUACAUCCGUUGCUCUUCCGUCGCGUCGUACCGGAGGAUAACGAUGGACUAGGGCCAGCGGAUAGCAACAAGGGGUACGCCGGGAUAUUCCACUUCCGUUUCUGGCGCUUCGGCCAAUGGUACGAUGUGGUGGUCGAUGAUCGACUGCCGACGAUUUAUGGACAGCUUGCCUACAUCAAAUCAUCGCAGAAGCAGGAGUUUUGGAGUGCGCUGCUGGAGAAGGCGUACGCGAAAUUGUUCGGUUCGUACGAGGCACUCAGCGGAGGAUCCGCCAGCGAAGCGAUGGAGGAUUUUACGGGAGGCCUUACCGAGGGGUACGAGAUGAAGGGUGCGCCACAGAAUUUGUUCGAAAUCAUCGAGAAAGGAUGCAGCAACUAUGCGAUGUUUGCGUGCAGCAUCGAGGCCGGUGCCGGGGAGAUGGAACAGGAGACACCGCAGGGGCUUGUCAAGGGGCACGCGUACUCGAUCACCAAGGCACAGGUAGUGGAUAUCGAGACACCACGCGUGAAGGGUAAGAUUCAGCUGAUACGACUGCGCAAUCCGUGGGGCAACGAGAACGAGUGGAAUGGUGCCUGGUCGGACAAGAGUCCCGAGUGGCGCUUCAUCAAGGAGGAAACGAAACGCUCGAUCGGCCUUACGUUCGAGAUGGACGGUGAGUUCUGGAUGUCGUAUCCGGACUUCCGGAAGUACUUUGAUCGCAUCGAAAUGUGUCACCUCAGCCCGGACUGUCCGAUCGCACAGCGCGAGGGUCGGUUCGGUUGGAGGCAAUCAUCGUUCGAGGGUGAAUGGGUGAAGGGUAGUACGGCCGGUGGCUGCCGGAAUUAUCUCGAUACGUUCUGGCACAAUCCCCAGUACGUGAUUGAGCUGAACGAUCCGGAUGAGCAUGACGAUGAGCGGCAGUGUACGCUGAUUGUAUCGCUGCUGCAGAAGAACCGUCGAUCGAAGCGUAACAAGGGUAUUGCCUGUUUGACGAUCGGAUUUGCCGUGUAUCGGUUGGAAGCGGCUGAUCUGAAGCAGAAACCACUGACGCGGGAUUGGUUUGCGACGCAUCUGAGCAAGGAGAAGUCAACGUUUAUUAACUUGCGCGAAGUGACGUGCCGGUUCCGGUUGGAUCCUGGCACGUACCUCAUCGUACCAUCGACGUUCGAUCCGAACGAGGAGGGCGAGUUUAUGAUUCGUGUGUUCUCCGAGUGUGCCAACAAUAUGCAGGAGAACGAUAGUCUCAUCGAAGUCGAUACACCUGAGGACCCCGUACCGACCGUGACCCAAGCACAAAUUGCUGCCAUGAGCCGCCUGUUCCUGGAGGUAGCCGGUGAAGACGGAGAAGUGGAUUGGAUGGAGCUAAAGCUCGUGCUGGAUCGGUGCUUCCGCGAGGAUAUAGUAAAAGCGGCCCAGGGAAUAUCACGAACGUACGCCACGCCAACGAACGCGGCACCACAGAAAGAGAACCUGGCCGGCCCAUCGGAACCGUCCGUGUUCUGUGACGUUUGGUUAAUGCUGGGUUCCUUUUUCAAUAAUCUCGCCGGUGGUGACAACCGGCCUAAUAUGCGCUCCACGACGGUUGCUGGCGAAGAUACUGACCUUAUGCUGAGCUCGACGACCACACAGGUUAAUGCGGAACCAUCCAAUCCUGGUUUUUCCAAGGAUGCAUGCCGCGCUAUGGUGGCCAUGCUGGAUGAGGAUGGUUCGGGUAAGCUCGGUUUCAACGAGUUCCAGAAGCUGCUGAUGGAGAUUGCCCGCUGGAAGGCGAUCUUUAAGCAGUACGAUCAGAACCAGAGUGGACGUAUCAACCCGUUCGAGCUGCGUACUGCUUUGCAAUCGGCGGGAUACAGUUUGAACAAUCACAUCGUCAACAUGCUGAUGCAUCGGUACGGAUCGAAGGAGGGAGAAAUAUGGUUCGACGAUUUCGUAACGUGUGCCGUCAAGAUACGGACCAUGUUUGACAUCUUCCGAUCAAAGGAUCUGCGCAACCGGAACGAAGCCUGCUUUUCGCUGGAAGAGUGGAUAACCAAAACGAUAUAUUCGUGAGGAAAUGAAAAUGCUGGACCAAGUGGCCGUUCUGUAUGAGGAGAAUC